UCUAUUAAAGCUAUGUCUGCUGAGAUGGAUGAUUCUACGGAAUAUGGUUGUGGUGAUCUUUAUGAGGCUGAUAUACCAAAUUUUAAUAAUUCUGCCUCAACGUCUCCUGUACUAAUUAAUAAUGAAGCUAACAAAACAAACAGCAAAAGCAUAAGCAAAACCUCUAAUAGAGCUACUAGUGAAACUGCUGAUAAAGUU